AUGAUGGCGCGUUUGUUCUUCUUGUAUCUCACGUAUAGCGAAGGUAAGUUGGCUGAUGUCGGCCGUACGGUCCAUCGUUAUUCACUCGAUGUACUGGCGGAUACGGAAGCUUGCCUCCCGAGGAAAGGAACCCUUGACUUGCAGUAUGAGUGGUCAUUUAGUUGGCUAAGCCACAAUACACAGCGCCGUGCCGGUGAGGGUAUUCUCUUGACUUCUACGGUAAGCCGGAAGGCCGUUUCAGUAGAACAGGUGUCGAUAAGAAUCCUGGCCUGUCGCGCGAAUGAGCAGGCAACGCUGAAUGUCAUUCUCGCCGACAAAUGCACCGACAAACGUGUCGAGUGA